AUGACCUACCAUUUAAAUAACCAUUUCUGUGUCUGUAUUCUUCCUCAGAACGCUGACCCGGUGCACGACCUGCUCCUGGACGUGAUCACGUGGGUGGGCAUCCUGCUGUCGCUGGUCUGCCUCCUCAUCUGCAUCUUCACCUUCUGCUUCUUCGGGGGCCUGCAGAGCGACCGCAACACCAUCCACAAGAACCUCUGCAUCAGCCUCUUCAUCGCAGAGACACUCUUCCUCGUGGGCAUCAACCGUGCCGACCAGCCGAUCGCCUGUGCGGUGUUUGCGGCCCUCCUCCACUUCUUCUUCCUGGCCGCCUUCACCUGGAUGUUCCUGGAGGGCGUUCAGCUCUACGUCAUGCUGGUGGAGGUCUUCGAGAGCGAGCACUCGCGCCGCCGCUACUACUACAUGGUGGGCUACGGCGUGCCCGCCCUCAUCGUGGCCAUCUCCGCCGCCGUGGACUACAGAAGCUACGGGACGGAACGAGUGUGA